AUGUUCCGAACACAACUUCUUCGACAUACAGCUCGGGCUGCCAAAGCUUCAACAAGGGCAGCUUUACCUCGCACCUCACCAGCGUUAUCCUCGCGACCAAUUCACAGCACAUCUUACCUUCGCGAGAAGAUCGACGACCCCCUACACGAAGGUUCCUUCGCAAGAACCGAUUCCUCUGUGCACGUUGAAUAUCCAGAAGAACAUGAAUUGCCAUCCAGUGCACCAGUACAAGGCAGAGGUGGGCUUCACUUCAAGCGUACACUUGCAUCCUUCUCUCUAGAAGGAAGAGUUGGUGUCGUUACUGGAGGUGCCAGAGGUUUGGGACUUGUCAUGAGUCAAGCCAUGGUUAUUAGUGGUGCCGAUAUUGCAAUUGUUGAUAUGAAUAAGGACGAAGCCUCAAAGCAAGCCGGGGAGCUUAUGGCUUCAUUCAAAAGAGAGAACCCAGGAGCCGAAAAUGUUCCCAAGGUUACGGCGCACUACGCAGACGUCUCUUCCCAAGAAUCCGUCGAUAAUGCCAUAGCCGAAAUUAUCUCACAGCACGGAAAGAUCGAUAAUUUAGUGACAUCAGCUGGUUUCACAGAGAACUUCGAGGCCAUCAACUACCCCAUCGAUCGGAUACGAAAAUUGUGGGCCGUUAACGUGGAUGGAACAUACCUGUUUGCAAUUGCGGUCGCAAAGCACUUGAUGGAGCGUAAGGCUCCGGGAAGUAUGGUGUUCAUUGGCAGUAUGUCCGGUGCCAUCGUCAAUGUUCCACAACCUCAAGCGCCGUAUAACGCAGCCAAGGCUGCCGUCCGACAUCUCGCCUCAUCCUUGGCUGUCGAAUGGGCUCACGCUGGCAUCCGAGUCAACUGCAUCUCCCCUGGAUAUAUGCUGACCGCAUUAACCAAGAAGAUUUUGGAUGAAAACCCAGACUUGAAGAAACAAUGGACCUCCCUUAUUCCUCAGGGUAAGAUGGGUCAGCCCGAAGAUCUCAUGGGAGCCGUUACCUUUCUCUCGUCAGAUGCAUCUAACUACGUUACUGGAGCCGAUUUACGAGUAGACGGAGGUUAUACCCUCACAUAA